CAGGUGGAGCGGCGCGGAGGACUUCCGGCGGCGGAGCGGAGCGGAGCUGGGGCGCCGCCGCCGCCGCCGCCAUGUCGACAUCGCUGGGCUCCAACACCUACAACCGGCAGAACUGGGAGGACGCGGACUUCCCUAUUCUCUGUCAGACAUGUCUUGGAGAAAACCCAUAUAUUCGAAUGACCAAAGAAAAAUAUGGAAAAGAAUGCAAGAUUUGUGCCAGGCCUUUCACAGUAUUCCGCUGGUGCCCUGGUGUUCGUAUGCGUUUCAAGAAAACAGAAGUAUGCCAGACAUGCAGCAAGCUGAAGAACGUCUGUCAGACCUGUCUGCUUGACCUGGAAUAUGGUUUGCCUAUUCAAGUCCGGGAUGCAGGACUCUCCCUUAAGGAUGAAAUGCCUAAGUCUGACGUCAAUAAAGAGUACUACACCCAAAACAUGGAACGAGAGAUAUCCAAUUCUGAUGGCACAAGACCAGUUGGUGCACUAGGCAAAGCUACUUCCACCAGCGACAUGCUGCUGAAGCUGGCUCGGACCACUCCUUACUAUAAACGUAACCGUCCUCACAUCUGUUCCUUCUGGGUAAAAGGAGAAUGCAAGAGGGGAGAAGAGUGUCCCUACAGGCAUGAGAAACCUACAGAUCCAGAUGAUCCUCUGGCUGAUCAGAACAUCAAAGAUCGUUACUAUGGAAUUAAUGAUCCUGUGGCCGAUAAACUUCUGAAACGAGCGUCAACCAUGCCUCGUCUAGACCCCCCUGAUGACAAGACUAUUACUACACUGUAUGUUGGAGGGCUUGGAGAUACUAUCACUGAAUCAGAUCUCAGAAAUCACUUCUACCAGUUUGGGGAGAUUCGGACAAUAACUGUAGUGCAGAGACAACAGUGUGCUUUCAUCCAGUUUGCCACCCGGCAAGCUGCAGAAGUGGCUGCUGAGAAAUCCUUCAACAAACUCAUUGUCAAUGGUCGCAGGCUCAAUGUCAAAUGGGGAAGGUCCCAGGCAGCAAGAGGAAAAGAAAAGGACAAGGAAGGUACUACAGAAUCUGGGAUAAAGCUGGAGCCAGUUCCAGGACUUCCCGGAGCUCUCCCCCCUCCUCCAGCUGCAGAAGAGGAGGCUUCUGCAAAUUACUUCAACCUACCUCCAAGUGGCCCUCCAGCCGUGGUUAACAUUGCCUUGCCACCUCCUCCUGGCAUUGCUCCGCCACCACCUCCAGGUUUCGGACCACACAUGUUCCACGCCAUGGGGCCCCCGCCUCCCUUCAUGAGAGCCCCAGGCCCCAUUCACUACCCCUCUCAAGAUCCCCAGAGGAUGGGUGCCCACGCGGGAAAGCACAGCAGCCCCUAGCAGGUCGUGCCACCCUCAUCAUUUAAGUAAAUAUUAUUUUCUAGUUACCAUGGUAGCACCAUAUGUUGAGCUGUGGGUGAGCUAGAGAAGCCUUAUUUCCCUGCUUGCAGACACUGGGCAAGCUGAGCUCCGUGUCUCCGCUAGCUAAUCGGAUUGUUGAUACAUCCCAGAUCUUUCAUUUAGUGUGGGGAGGGUUGGGAGGGGUGGGGGGCAGACAGAAGGGCUGUUGGGGGUCUGUGGAUCAGGUGUACCAGAAUUACAGUGCUAUCCGUGUAUCCUGUUUGCACACUUUUGAAAUAAACUUCUGGAAAAAUAAAACCAAA